AUCUGUGCUCUCCAUGCUGCAUCAAAUCACUUCAUCCUUUUCUCAAGACCGUAAAGGAUCUCUGUUUACCUACACAUUUAUAACUUUUCAGCUAGGCGGAUAAACAUGCAUUUAAUUUGAGUCAGUUUGUAGUGGGCUGACAGGAGCUGUGAGCAAUAGUAGACAGGAUGAGCUGGGGAGCUCUUUAUGCCCAGCUGGGAGGGGUAAAUAAACACUCCACCAGCUUGGGAAAGAUCUGGCUGUCAGUUCUCUUCAUCUUUCGUAUUUGCAUCCUUGUAAUAGCUGCUGAGACAGUCUGGGGAGAUGAGCAGUCUGACUUCACCUGUAACACACAACAGCCCGGCUGCAAAAAUGUGUGCUAUGACUUCUUCUUUCCUGUCUCGCACAUUCGUUUCUGGUGCUUGCAGCUGAUCUUUGUUUCAACGCCAGCUUUACUGGUAGCCAUGCAUGUGACAUAUCGCAAACGCAAUGUAAGGAAAUGCCUUGUAGCCACCCGUGGUGACAGUGUUAAAGAAACUGACCUGGAGAGCCUGAAGAAGAGACGUCUAUCCAUCACGGGCCCUCUUUGGUGGACCUACACAUGCAGCCUUUUCUUCCGCUUGCUUUUUGAGGCAGGAUUUAUGUAUGCCCUUUAUUAUGUCUAUGAUGGGUUUCAGAUGGCACGUCUUGUGAAAUGUGAGGAGUGGCCCUGUCCCAAUAAAGUUGACUGCUUCAUAUCACGACCGACCGAGAAGACUGUCUUCACUAUUUUCAUGGUGGCAUCUUCAUCUAUCUGUAUUGUGCUCAAUGUGGCCGAGCUGGGGUACCUGAUUGUCAAAGCAUUGCUGAGGUGCUCGGCCAGAGCUAAAAGGAAUAGGUCAUAUGGGCAGCAUGAUAAAAUAGCUAAAGAAAAGGCAUACCUACAGAACCAAAAGAAUGAGAGGUUGUUGUCAGCCGUCUCAGACUCCUCAAGCAAUAAGACAGUUUAAGAUAAUUCCUGCAUCCAGUUUAAUUUUACCAACACAGAGGAUAAUUUGCUUGUAGAUUUUGACAGUAUUUUUUAACAGCAUUAACCAUAGCAGCUUUAUACUUGUCCUGAAAACAAUUACAAACUGUUUCAGGCAAGGUUUAUUCCAAAGCUUUAACUUUUUCCAAAGACAAUAUAUAAGUCUAUGGUACAGUUUGGAUAUACAAAAGCAGAACUUGAUAUCUGAAAAAUUGUCUGGUUGUUUGUUUUUCUUACAUUGCUUUCUUAUCACUAGAAUUAGAAAAGAGUGACAGUGACUCCUUGUGGUCACUAUAUGUAAGUGAAGUUUUGGAUCGAUUUUUUUGCACAAAAUUUAUGUGCUCUGUUUUUGAGGGCUUAUUUACUUUCGUGUGCCGUAUUUUAGACUGCAUGGACACACUGUUGCUUUAUUUUAAUGUCAUUAAUUUUGUUUUUUGCACAACAUAAAUGUCUGUCUAGUGGCUAUUUCUCUUACUUUCUUAUUAAGAGAACUGUUCAGUGCAGCCAGCGGUAUAUAAUCUUGUCGAGCUGAGGGACUUCAUCAAUUUUUGUUUUUUCUUGUGCUUGUAUGGUGAAUGGUUUAAACAUUAGAUUUGUAGUGUUUCUAAAUGUUAUUCUUGCACUGACCCCUACUUGGGAUCUUUUAUCAACUUUCAACUGUGCCUUGUUUUAGUUAGGAACUUUUCCCUGCUCUCUGUAAUGAUCGAGCGACGAAUACAGUCGCGUGAAAAGUUUACUAGUGGCGCGAGCUUAGUCUACCUGUGGACAGCUGAGAGUACGUUCCUUUUGGAAAGUUAACCAUGAUUUUAUUAUAGAAAAAGUGAAGAUGUUUUUUAGUAUUUGUAUUACCACCACUAUUUGUAUUAUAUCUACAGUUUUUUAUGGUUAAAUUAUUUAUAGUGAGACCAUGAAGAAUUUGUGGUUAUUAUGAUUUUACUACAAAUUUUCAUUUCAUAAGAGACCUCAUCACAUCAUUUUCGAGGCUCGCCGGUUAACAGAUUUGUUUGUUAAGGUUUUGGUAAUAUUGGUAAAGUUCCUACUACAGUAUUGUCACUCGUUUUUACAAAGUUGUCCUGUUUGUAAAAUAAAUGAAUGCUUUUAUGUUUGUAAUUUGUUUUCGGCUAACAUUUAAACUUUAUAUGAAUCUUCUAAUAAAAACUUUAUGGAAGUUU